UGAGGCCGUGACCCCGUCCGAAUCCGAUCCCGAUCCCCAACCCAACGACCGAACCGGAGCGAGAGGUGAGAGAAGGAGCGGCGGCGGCGGCGGCGGCGAGGUUCGAUGGCGACUACGGCGGGUUACCUGGCGCGGCGGGCGUCGCAAAAGGAGCGGGUGCGGCUGCUGUACCGCCGCGCGCUCAAGGACACCCUCAACUGGGCCGUCCACCGCCACCUCUUCUACCAGGACGCGUCGGAUCUCAGGGACAAGUUCGAGGCCAACCGACACGUGGAGAACAUGGAUGUGAUCGAUAGACUCAUCGAUGACGCGGAAGCGCAGUACAGUAAUUUCCAGCACCCCGACCCCUACAUUGUUCCAUGGGCCCCUGGUGGCAGUAAAUUCACUAGGAACCCUCCUCCACCUCAAGGGAUUGAGAUCAUUUACAAUUAUGGAAAAGAGGACUAGUGAGCAGGAGCCCCGCAUUUGGGAGCUGAACUUGGCAGUGCAAAGAGCUUACUUUCCGUGUUUCCCAAUGAUAACACGCAAUGGUGUUGUUGCGUGAUCAAUAAGAAUGAAAUUACUGGCCUUCAUCGGUGUAUUUUACUUUUCAUGUGUACUCGUAUUAAGAACUCUUUUGUGCUCUGCUGCUAGUGCAUUGUCAGGUGAUUUGUGCCGUUACACAA